CUGGCUGCCAUCUUGUAAACUGUCUCGGCUGGAGUAGGAGUAAUCUUUGUUAAAACCAAAGCUGAAUGAAACUCUUAUGUAGGAAUUACUCAUCACUUCUUCCGUUUGCAAGAAAUUAUUUUUACUGUCCAUCCGUUUGUGUACAUAAAAGAUGGGAGAGCGGUAGCCGGGAAAUCAGCACCGACGAGGUCUCUAGAAGAGCUUCUGCCUCUUCUUUUCGUGGCAAGUUUAAUUUGGUUGGUCCUCGACAUCAUAGCUCAAACAUAAGAAAGAUAGUCUUUGCAAGAUUGAACAAUGAAACCACAAAAGAGAGAUACUUCAGGGAACAACAGCAAGAGCUAAACACUUGGAAUCAGAAUUUCUGGGGGAAACAAAAUGAAAAAUUCAAUAAGGUUGGAUAUGUCGAUUUGUAGGUCUUUUGAAGAAUAGAUAAAGAAGGAAAUAUGGAAAACAGUCACGUCAAACACAAAAUAAUGGUCCAAAUUUCAUGCUCAUAGGUCUACACAUACAGUGCCACUCGCAUAUACAUUAACCAAAAUAAGGAACAUAAAUCAUGCAUAAAUACAGGUGCAAGUGCAAAUAAACUUGCAUAAUUUGUAUAAGUAAUUUUGCAUAUGGGCAAAUAAAUGAAUAUGUAAAUCUUCCUCUUAGCAUCUUCUUCUUAGCAUCUUCAUUUAGAACAUUUGAACUAGCUUAUUGUUUCCAUUGUUAACAUGUAAUUGUUUUAAAGCAAAGACUGAUAGCACAAAAAUACCACAUGACUGCAAACUACAUGUAGAUUUGUUUGUUUCAAUUGCUGCUUGAGCCUACCUUCCCGAUAUGCUGUGACACAUUAUUUUAUGCAACUUCUUACUCAAGAAAGUUUA